GACGUUAGAAAUACAAGAAAUAAGUCAGAUUCCGAACGCCGAGCGAGCAAGGCGAUUUUGAUAAAACCCUACUAUACCAGAACCAAAACAAUAAAAUAGACACUCUCCUCCUCCCCGAACUCUACGCACCGAAGAACCAGCCAUGAACGCCACCGAGAACACCCCAGCUAAGGCGCACCAGAGAGCCGCUGCAUCAGCAGAGUCACCUCACGGAUUUCUCCGACGCCGAGGAACCGGAGUCCGCUGCCAAGGCGGACGAGGAAGCCGCCCCGAAGCCAGGAGUAGCCGAAGAACCCCACACCUCCGAUGGGGACAUGUACGCAGAUAUGGAGCUAGACGCCGACGAGGCAGGGGCAGCCGACCACGAGGGUCCCCGAGACAGCCCCCCGCUGUUCUCCCGCCGACCAUCCGGGUUCCGUCGAGAGAACCUGUGGUCGCCGCCGCCGUAUAAACGACGAGCCGCGCCCUGCUCCCCGGAGCCAGGGUCACCGUCAUUCGAAGAGGAGUUCGAAGAUGCCGGUUCUAGCCAGCACAGCUUCCCGGAACCAGAGACGCCAUCAUACGCGCCGAUGUUCGAACAGGAGUUUGAAGAUGCCGGUUAUCACCAGCGCCGCGAUCCCCGAACCGGCCGUGGCAUUUACCGCCCCGAGAGGGGGCUGGAGCGUUACACACCGAAACCAUACAACGCGUCAUACGACGACGGGGAGAGCGAAGAGGAGGAACCCUACGGUCGGCAAUUCAUAGCCGAAACAGAGACCUUUCACCACACGGUCACGCCAUGGGGGUUACGCGUCACGCGUAACCACCAGAUGUCCGUAGACGUCUUUGUCCCUCCCGGCCGGAAUGUCAACGCGUUCUUCAGGACAUUCCGAGAAGCCGCGGAACCAAUCGACUACCGCUCCGAACCGGCCGCCCCAGCCAGGGAAAGCCCCCCGCACGCCGAAGCGCGACCGCCAACGCCCGCAUCGGAUCCUCCCCGAUGCCCCAAUCCUCCCGAAGAGUCGGCGGCUGCCACGCCCCCGCACGCCGAAGCGCGACCGCCAACGACCGCAUCGGAUCCUCCCCGAUGCCCCAAUCCCCCAGAAGAGUCAGCGGCGACCACACCAACGCACGCCGAAGCGCCCCACGCGGAGGCAGCGCAAGGCCCUCCUACUGAAUGGCCCACCGGGGCUACAGAAGAGGGAAACGCCGCUCCGGUUCGACAAGCGGAGCUGACCGAACCGGAGGAGCAGUGGGAAACGGGGCCGGACAGCGGGUACCCCACCAUGAGCCUACGGAGGGUAAAACAACCCGUUGCGGAGGAGACGGCGCCGACCCCCCAAACUGGGGAGUGGGAAGGACAAGACGAGUUGCUGGUGGACUGCGACUUGGAUGAAAUACUACGAUUUCUUCAAGACGAAUCUACGCGGGAGGGGCAAAGUCCAGCGGACUUCUCCCUGAUCGAAGAGCUGAACCAGCCCACCCAGUGGGUAAUCGCGCCGGCAGAUUGGCAGGUGAACAUCCCAGGCCGGGCCCUACCGGCGGGUUUCAUCGAGGAGAUACACCAGCGGCUGCUGGAAGCGGAGAGGCUCCGUUUCCGAAGCUGGUCCUGGGAUCAGUGCUACCGGGUCCACAAGCGAUCCCGGGCCGCGCCUGUCUGCGUCGCCCUCCUCCCGGAAGAAAGGGGGGGGUGGGGUGGUGUAACGAACCUUAAGAAGGUUCGUCACAGCGCGCUACAUCGCGGGAUCGUCACCGCCUCAUUUUUCCCCUUUUUAUAUCUCCAGUUUCCCUUAAAUAUAUCGUUACUUAGCCUUAAGAACAGAGAAUGCAUACGAUAAAUGUACCACCAAUAAAGAAACUCAUUCCCCAUAUCGUUUCGCCUACCGUUUCACGACAGCCAAUCCCACAUUCUCGUACCAACACAUUACCCCCACCUCUAACGAAAAGCUCCCGAAGCACUGACAAUUAGCCGGUAAGAACGCCCCCCACACCAACACAUUGCCACGCGUUUAGCCAUAAGCUCCCGAGACACGAACCGUUAGCCGGCGACAACUCCCCACC